AUGUCGGCCAUCUCUGAACCCCAGCACCUCGGUAUCAUCUCCCAAUGCUACGAUGACACGUUCCAAAGCUUCUACCAGCACGACAAGAGCCUUGGUGAGGGAGGUCAGGGCGUCGUUAGCCUCGCCAAAGUCAAAGUCACUGGUAAGAUGGUUGUCAUAAAGCGCUUGCGUCUCCCUCCCAAUACUGACCUCAAGACUGUCGCUGAAUUGGUCAUGCUUGAUCGUGUUCAGGAACUUGGUCCUCACCCUAACAUCCUUCCUUACCUUCAAAUCUGGAACACCCCCGCCGCUCCUGGCGAGUGCCCUGAAAGCAGAAUUGUUCUGCCGUACCUCCCUGGUGGAGACCUCAAUACCCUCAAAAUGUCCUUCCAAAAGAUGAAUCGAAAGGUCAGUGAAUCUUUUAUCUGGCAUACCUACAAAUCAUUGUGUACAGGCUUUAGUUUUCUUCACGAGAAUGGCAUAUCUCACCGCGACAUCAAGCCCGAGAACAUCAUGGUUGACCCUGUCAACUUUGGUGAUCCGGCUCUCUUCCCCACUCUCAAGAUCAUCGAUUUUGGCAUUGCUGCUGAGACCACUUGCGACCACGAGACUACAGAUGGUACGCCGAAGUGGCAACCNCCCGAGACUCCCAUGGCUGGUGCCAAAGCUGACGUCUGGGCAAUUGGAGCAGUCGUCCACUUCCUCGCUACUGGUUAUGCCACAAAGCCUGAUCGACCUGCUGAGAUUCCCCUCGAGAAGGCUACUGAGUACUACCGCACCGCUACACCUUACAUCCACAGACUUGUCAACACUGAUGAACUAAAGUACGAGCUCAGCUCUUUGACUCUUUUCGAGGCACGAGAACUAACUUUUGAUUCUGGUAAACCCCUUCCUCGUGGUGACUUCUACUCUCCUCUGCUUGAGUAUUACACUUUUCGUGCGCUUGAUUUUAACCCCUCGACUAGAAUCACUCUGCCAAGAUUGAUGGUUACUAUGUUUGAUGAUGCUGACAGACAGAUUGACUUCUACAAGGCUUGGUUUAGACACUGCAAGGCUGAGGGUAGUCAAAGACCUAUGCUCACCUUUUCGAUGAUUGAACCCCACACUGGUUGGACUCCUCUCGAGGCUGGUAAGUAG